AAACUAAUGAACUCUUGUUUCCUGUCUGUAGAAACAAAUUGGAGAAACACAGAAGGAAUUUCAGCAGAGAAUUCAGAUGAGAGAGAAGGAGCUGCAGGAGCUGAGAGAGGCUGUGGCCUCAAUCACAAGAUCAGCACAGUCAGCAGUGGAGGACAGUGAGAGGAUCUUCACUGAGAUGAUCCGCUCCAUUGAGAGAAGAUGCUCUGAGAUGACACAGCUGAUCAGAGAUCAGGAGAAGGCUGUAGUGAGUCAGGCUGAAGGAGACAUGGAGAGACUGAAGCAGGAUAUUGAUGAACUGAAGAGGAGACACUCUGAGCUGGAGCAGCUUUCACACACAGAGGAUCACAUCCAUUUCCUCCAGAGUUGCCAGGGUCUUCCUGUCACCCCUGAAGCUGGAUUUUGGCCCAGAAUCUCCAUCAGUCCACGCUGCUCUUUAGAGAACAUGAGGAAGGUGGUUUCUGAGCUGAAGGAUCAACUGGAGAAUGUUUGCAAAAAGAAAAUGGCAGAGAUCCAUCAUACAGUUACCAAAGACACCAUCCUACCGGUAUUAGUGCCCAGGACCAGAGCAGAAUUCUUACAAUACUCCUGCCAGCUGACGUUGGACCCCAACACAGCAAACAGAGAUCUGUCUCUGUCAGAGGGGAACAGGAAGGUGACAUGGGGGGAAGACUGGCAGCCAUAUCCUGAUCAUCCAGAGAGAUUUGACUGCUGGCCCCAAGUUCUGUGCAGAGAGAGUCUGACUGGUCGCUGUUACUGGGAGGCUGAGUGGAGUGGAGGUGGAGCCUGGAUAGGAGUGACUUAUAAAGGAAUCAGUAGGAAAGGAUGGAGUGCUGACUGUCAGCUUGGAGCCAAUGACAAGUCAUGGAUGCUGUGCUGCUCAACUGACAGUUACUCUGUCUAUCACAAUAAUAAAGAGACUGUCAUACCCAUAAAGCCCUCAGGCUCCCGCAGAGUAGGAGUGUAUCUGGACUGGGCGGCUGGUACUCUGUCCUUCUACAGAGUCUCCUCUGAUGGACUGACCCUCCUGUACAGCUUCACCUCCUCAUUCACUGAACCCCUCUGCCCAGGGUUUUGGGUUUAUGACGACUCCUCUGUGUCCCUGUGCAUGCUGGGAUAGCUCACUGUGUGCUGGAGGAAUCAUUUUUACCUUAUCAGAGUGUCACAUGUCGCUGCUUCUCCAUGGCAAAAAGGUAAAAUCUUUUCUUUGUAACCAGUAUAACCCUUUUUAUUCUGUCUGAGGUGUGAUGUAUGUUAGACAAAAUAAGUGACUGGGUUCAACAAACAACAAACAUGCAAAGUGACUGUUUUUCUCUCUGAUUAAAAUGUAAUAAUGUAAUGAAAUGUAAACCUCAUGAUUUUGGGGGUUGGGGACUUUUCCCCUCCCCCGUAUAUGUACAAUUUGGGUCAUUUUAAAUAUUUGAUGCCAUUUCAGUAGGUUCAGUGCCCCAAGAUGUAAUGCUGCUACAACUUUUCAUAACAUUCAUAAAUCUACAUUUGAACUGCAUCAUUUCAAAUUAUUACAUGUUUUUUAAUAAUUAGCAGAGAAAAAAAGUUAUAAUGACAUUUAUUUCAACUUUUAUAUUUGUGUUUUUCCAAAGAGUACGAAGAAUUUUGCCUGUCCCCAUUGUUCAUCAUACCAACAGCAUGGUCAAAUUUGAGUUAAUAAUGUUAAAUAAUAAUAAACUUUUUUUGCAGAAUUAGGCACUUCUAACCCCUUCCCAUGUAUAAUAUAUUUUCUUUGGAAAAGAGAUUGGAAUUUAAGGGAAAUUUAAGUAUUUACUUAUAUUUAAAUUUCUCGGUCCCUGUGUUUAAUUCAACCCCGUAAUGAAACCAACACCACCCCCAUUUAAUAAAAGUAAUGGUUUGAUCCUGUAUCUCUUGAACAGCACUGGUGUGACAAGCGGUAAAUUACUUUCUCAUUUCUCAUAAAUAUUUUGUUUUUUAUGAACAUAUAGGUUCCGUCAGGCUUAGGUGUUCAACACUGUUGGAGGAAAAACACAUAGUUUAGAAGGUUUUAUCAAAAAGUAAUUUUUAUAGCUAUAAAAUAGAACAAUAUCUAAGCCAAAGAAUGCUGUGUCAUCCUGCUAGCUGCUAGCGUUAACAAUUAGCAUCAGAUUAAGACAAAAACCCCAUUACAUUUUUCAGUGUGAUGUGGUUGAAUGACUACUACAGGGAUGAAUAUCUUUACAAUAUUUAAUGUAUAUUCAUAUACACAUGAUAUUUUGGAACCUAUGUGGAUGUUUGUUAUUAGUGGCUGUCAGUGGUUUGCAUUAGCAACUAAAAAAAUUGAGGAUUUUUUUAAAACGAAAGUUGUAUAAGUGAUCGUGAUCUUGCCUCUCAUUCCCAUAUGAGAAAUUUUCAGUAUUGCUUUCAAGUUCAUGUUCAUUUUACCAGUUACUUAUCAAAAGGACACUGACUUGUCAAUACUUUCAGAUUAAAUGAUGGCAAAAACAGCGGCAGAAAGGCACAGAGAGUACAGGGCAAGAAGAAAUGCUGAUCCAGGACGAAGGGCCAGAUGCCUCAUUAAUGAACGGCAGAGAUGGAAACGAGAUGUUGAGGCAGGGAAGAAGAAAAGUAUACGAGCUCUAAAUGAGAGAGGUCAAAGGAUGAGGAGAAAGAUGUGCAGGAAGGCAAAGGAGCGGUAAACGAAAAGGCAACAAGCUGUAAACAGUAUUGCAGCCCCUCCACAAAGUCCUGAAAGAGAUGAGCUGAUGUCUCAUUAAGCUUCAAGGUUAGGAAAAGAUAUUUCAAGUGUGGAAUCAGUAGUAAGGUGUAUGUACAUGUUAGAGAAAGUGUAGGUUUGCGUGUGUGUGUGUGUGUGUGUGUGUGAGUGAGGGGGGGAGAGAGGGACACUGAUUGGCUUCUACUCAGUUGUUCUGAGCCUGGUUGUGAAUUUAUUUUCUGUUUUAGACAAUCUGUAAAGGGGAAGAAAAAAUCUAGAAAAACAGGAGAGAACAUGUUCAACCCUGUUCUAAAGCAUUCAGUCCUGUUAUGAGAUACAUAUGUUACCUUUUUGUCGUAAAUAAACAAAACAAAGCUUCAAGAUGUUUUUUAUUGUUUGCAUUAUAUUGUGACAAAUAUGUCAAGUUAUAUUUUGUAAACUUUACAUGAUAUUAUUGCACUUUUCUAGCAAAAUUACAAAGUUCAGCGACAAACAGUCAUGCUUUUGCAGAUUAUGAAGUAGAAAUUCAGGGGUUUCCUUUAUUUUCUAUCUAAUAAAAAUAUAUUAUUAAUUACAAGGGACACAUAAAUUGCUAGGCCAUGCUAGUGGCAGCUCAUAAACUUAUUGUAAAAAAUAAUAGCGGAAUUACAAAAUGGCUGUGACGGGGUUGAAUUAAAAUGUGACUUGUGACAGACAAAUAUGCAAAAAAAUAACUUCAUUUUCUAUGUUUAGGUGGGAAAAAGUAUUUUUUAUACAGUACUGACAUUAUCAGGUAUUAUCAAACCAAAAAAGAUCUAAAUUUGUAAAGUACUUUUUUACCAUCCUUCUCAAUCACAAAUGGCACCGUUUCUGUAGAAUCACCCUUUUAUAUAUUUCUGUCUCUAUUGUAUUUGCUGCCUGUGCACUGACAAUAAGGGCUUCAUAUUCUAUUCUAUUAAUGUCCCGGUUCAGCACUGUCCAAAGUGUAACUGAGUAACAUGAUUAAUCUGCGCUGUAUGCAGCUUCCUAACGUGACAUUAAAUUAACCCACUAAACAUUGGACGUCGGAUAGGCGUGCAGAUCAUGUCUAUAUUAGGUCCGUCAGUCCAUGACCAAUUCUGGACAAACUAGGUCCACAAUUUGAACGUCCAUCCAUGACCCAACUUGCACGUCAAUAUGACAUUCAACAUUUGAACGUAAUUUUUUUGACGUUAUUUUAACGACUAUGACAGGUGCAGGAAAUAUAGUUUUACAAAUAUCAACAUUGUUGUUAUCAACAUAAUAAAUGUGAAUACAGAUGAUUAU